AUGAAGCGCAAAUUGAACGCCGACGACGUUCCCGAGGCCGUCGCCGAUGGCACAACAGACGAUGCAGCACCAGCAACACCCACCUUCGCCAGGUUCGACCUCGAUGCGCGACUCCUCCAAGCCGUGAGUCGAGAGAAAUUCUCCACGCCCACAUUAGUGCAAGCAAAAGCUAUACCAGUAAUAUUGAAUGGCAAAGAUGUACUCGCGCGCUCCAAGACCGGCUCCGGAAAGACUCUCGCCUACCUCCUCCCCAUCCACCAUGGCAUCCUCCAGCGCAAAGCCAUCUCGAAGGCUGUGAAAGCCACAACAGCUCUCAUUCUCGUGCCCACAAAAGAGCUCGCAAAACAGGUCACUACGACUAUCAAGACCCUCACCUCAUUCUGCGCACACGAGAUACGUUGCGAAAACAUCACCCGCAAGGAAGACGCUGCAGUCACCCGCGCUCGCCUUGCCGAACAACCUGACAUUGUCGUCUCUACACCCAGCCGAGCAGGACUGUGGCUCAAGAACGAAGUACUCAAAUUGAACAGCCUAAAGCAGCUUGUCAUUGACGAGGCAGACCUGGUCCUGAGCUACGGCUAUUCCUCCGACCUCAACGAUCUCUCCUCUUCACUUCCGCCAGGACUACAAACAAUCCUCGCCUCUGCCACGCUCAACACUGAAAUCAGCACCUUGACAUCCCUCCUCUCGAAAACCAAGACCGGUCCGUCCUCUGAAACUCUGGCACCUGUCGUGCUCGACCUCAGCUCCGAAGAAGCCGCCGAAGAGUCGAAGCUCUCCCACUACGUCGUCCGCUCCGCCGAAGAGGACAAAUUCCUCCUCAUCUACGCUAUCUUCAAGUUGAAGCUGAUCAAGGGCAAGGUCAUUGUGUUCGUGGCAGACAUUGACCGAUGUUACCGGGUAAAGCUGUUCCUGGAGCAGUUUGGCAUCAGAAGCUGUGUGCUCAACUCGGAGCUGCCGGUCAACUCGCGGGUGCACGUGGUGGAAGAAUUCAAUAGAGGGGUGUAUGAUAUCAUUAUUGCGGCCGACGAGGGCGAGGUUGUUGGGGACGGUGAUGGACGAAGCAAGAAGAGGCGGAAGACUAAGCAGCAGAGGGAGGCUGCUGAUGGUGACAACAAAUCGGAAGACGAUGACAUUCUGGACGACGAGCAGGACAUCGGCAUCAGUAACACUGACGCCACACAAGAAAAGUCGAAAAAACAGCAGAAGAACGCCGAAUACACUCUAUCUCGCGGCAUCGACUUCCGCCACGUCGCCUGCGUCCUCAACUUCGAUCUACCACUGUCCGCCAAGUCGUACCUACACCGCGUUGGUCGAACCGCGAGAGCUGGGCAAACCGGCAUGGCGUUGAGCUUUUAUGUACCAAAAGAGCUGUACAGGAAACACAAGUCAACCACGAUUGAGCAAUGCAAGAACGACGAGCAGGUACUGGGGCAGGUCCGUGAUAUGUUUGAGGGCAAGGCAGAGAACGGAGAAGAGAACACCAAGCAGAUCGGAAGCGCAACGAACAGCCUGCAAGAAUGGAAAUUCGACAUGGCCAAGCUCGACGCCUUUCGGUAUCGCUUCGCCGAUGCCCUCCGCAGCGUCACCCGCAUCGCCGUUCGCGAGGCACGGACUCGAGAGCUCCGCGACGAGCUGAUGAAGUCUGAAAAGUUGAAGCGUCACUUCGAGGAGAACCCAGACGAUCUCCGACAUUUAAGACACGACAACGAGCUCACGCACAGUGUACGACAGCGACCGCAUUUGAGGCAUGUACCGGAAUAUCUUCUGCCGGAGGGCGGAAGGGCAGCGGUGGCGAAGGAUGUGAGAUAUGUGGGGUUGAGGAAGGAUAGUGAGAACAAGAUCCGAAAGGCUAGGGCGAGGAAUGCAGGGAGGGGAAGGAGUAAGCUAGGUGGUGGAAGGGGUGGAAGGGCGGCGGAUCCGCUGAGGAGCUUGAAUGUCAGGGGGAGGGGCAAGAACCCCUACGAACCUGCCGCAGCCAUCCUCCUGCAACACAGGCAAGGCUUGCCUAUCAUUCUUUUACGACGAAACCAUCAACAGCGCGCAAGUCUUUCACACCGCUGUUCUGAUUGCGCCUGGAGCCUUUCCGGACCUUUGUCUAUUUCAGGCAGCCUAAUUGAGUUUGUCAAGCUUCCUCUUACUACCAGCAUUUGCUACAAUCUGCCGCCUUCUCCUGUGUACGUCCUGGUGCUCUGCUGGAAGUUGGAUCAUCACACAGUUUUCAAUCAUAUCUUCUGGGGGUUGAAGCAUCACUUCGACUUUCAGAGUCAGCAUACGAACGAACGAACCGACCGACCGAACGAAUUGACCGAACGCACCGAACCGACGACUGAGCAGCAACGAACGAACCGACCGAACGAACGAACCGAACGAACCGGAAUGGCGAAUCACGACAAUCCGAUGACGGCGAGGAUCAACUCCUCUACGAGGUCCGAUGUCCCUUCACUCAACACUUCCGGACUUGGAAAUAUUCCCUCCACUCGAUUCAAAGAGCAACGGCAUCCAGCACGGUACAGCCUGGCGGUAUCCACCACAAUCACCUCAAAAGUCCGACUCUGUGGAUGA